AUGGGCUCCGAAAUCGCCAGCGAGAAGGGCGAAGGGCCCAAACCAGUCGAUUCUCCCAUCGCCAAAACUUCAUCCGAAGUUGCGACCGCUGGUCUUCCUGAGGAAGAAGACACCUGGGUAGCAUACAAGAGAAUCUUUCGAUAUGCUGGCUCGUUCGAGUACACCCUCCAGGCUAUUGCGGCCAUCGCCGCCCUUGCCUCCGGAGCGGGUAUCGCCCUCCAAAAUCUCAUCUUUGGCGAGUUUGUAACCGUCAUCACCAACUUUGCCAUUGAUCCAACCGCCACGGGAAAGUUCAUGGACGAUGUGGCCGAAUUAGCACUUUACUUUGUUUAUCUCGGCAUCGGUAGAUUCGUUCUCUCCUACGUGUACAACGCCCUGUUCACCUACGCUUCCUACCGGAUCGUGCGCAACAUCCGCCACGAGUAUCUCCGCUCCGCCCUACGGCAAGAGGUGGCCUUUUACGAUGUCGGUUCCGCCGGGGGCAUUUCCGAGAAGCUCGGCCUCACGUUCCAGGGUCUCGCUGCCUUUGUCACGUCCUUCGUCAUCGCCUUCGUCGUCAGCUGGAAACUGACUCUCAUCUGCCUGUGCAUCGCCCCGGCCACCAUGAUCAUCAUGGGCGUCGUUGCCACCAUCGAGGCCGGCCACGAGACCAAGAUUCUCGAAAUCUACGCCCAGGCCAACUCAUUCGCCGAGGGUGUUCUCUCCAGCGCCCGCACCGUUCACGCGUUCGAGAUGCGCACCAAGCUCGUUGCCACCUUUGACCAGUUCCUCACCGACGCUCACACCGUCGGCAAAAAGAUCUCCCCGCUCUUCGGUGGCCUCUUCUCUACAGAGUACACAAUCAUCUAUCUCGGAUUCGGCCUCGCGUUUUGGCAAGGCGUCAAAAGACUUGCCACCGGCGAGAUCCAGGACCCUGGCGACAUCUUUACACCCGACUCCAAGCUAACCGAGGCCCUCCUGUUUCUGCUUUUCUACAGCGUCCUGCUUUCCGUGGUGAUGGCUGCCAUCAACUUGACUAUGCUGGCACCCUAUUCCAUCGACUUUAGCAGGGCUGCAGCCGCCGCCGCGAAGCUGUUCAGCAUGGUGGACAGGGUAUCCGCCAUUGACCCCUUUGACCCGUCCGGCGAGAUUCCGUCCGAGACUAUCGGCCGUGUAGAUCUCGAAAACAUCACCUUUGCUUAUCCUACCCGGCCCGGCGUCACCGUCUUAGAUGACUUCACCCUAGAGGUGCCAGCGGGCAAAGUCACUGCCCUUGUUGGCCAAUCCGGAUCGGGCAAGAGCACCAUUGUGGGUCUCAUCGAACGCUGGUAUAACCCAAGGUCAGGUUCCAUCAAGUUGGAUGGCCGCCCCAUUGACACGCUGAACCUGAACUGGCUUCGAAAGAAUAUCCGCCUCGUGCAACAGGAGCCGGUUCUGUUCCAAGGAACGGCCUUUGAGAAUAUCCGACACGGCUUAGUGGGUACUGAAUGGGAAAACGCUUCCAAAGAGGUCCAGCUGGAAAAGGUCCAAGAGGCUGCCAAGAUCGCCUAUGCCCACGAAUUCAUCACGGAGCUACCGGAGGGCUACGACACCGAGAUUGGCCAACGCGGCGGGCUCCUCAGCGGCGGGCAGAAGCAGCGCCGCGCUCGACCCCACGCCGAAGCCAUUGUUCAAAAAGCGCUCGACAACGCCGCGGAAGGGCGCACCACCAUCGUCAUCGCCCACAAGCUCGCCACGAUCCGAAAGGCGCACAACAUCGUCGUCAUGGCCCACGGCCGGAUCGUCGAGCACGGCACCCACGAAUCCCUCAUCAGCCAAGACGGCACCUACGCGCGCCUCGUCAAAAUGCAGAACCUCGCCGUCUCCGAGGAGGCGGCGGGCACCGAGACGGAGGAGGAGGAAGCCAAGGGCGACACCAAGGACGAUGGGCAUGACCUCGCGCACCCCCUUACUCGCUACGCGACGUCUGUCCGGGGACGUAUGGACGCGCAAAAGGACCGCGAUGACUUUGAUAGCUACAAGGGCCUCGGUAUUCUUGCUGCCAUUUGGCGGUUGGUGGCCGAGUCGCCGGAGCUGGCCUGGGCCUACGUCGCUCUCCUCGCUGCUUGUGUUUUAGCCACGGGCCUAUAUCCCGGCCAAGCGAUCCUGAUGGCCAACGUGAUGGACGUCUUUACCCUGACAGGCGAUGCCAUGGUCGAUCGGGGUAGCUUCUUUGCCACAAUGUUCAUCGUCAUGGCGGCCGGUGCCUUUAUCGCCUAUUUUGCCCUCGGCUGGCUCACCAACACCAUCGCGCAGCAACUCAACCACACUCUCCGUAGGCAGUGCUUUAACGACAUGCUCCGCCAGGAUCUCCAGUUCUUCGACAGACCCGAAAACAACACUGGUGCAUUGGCCAGUCGGGUGGACUCGUACCCGCAGUCCAUCCACGAGCUCAUGGGGUUCAAUAUCGGCUUGAUAGUCAUGGCCGUUCUCAAUCUGGUGGCUUGUAGCAUUUUGGGGAUCGUGCACAGCUGGAAGCUGGGGUUGGUCGUCGUGUGCGCCGGACUGCCUCCUCUGGUAAGCGCCGGGUAUUUCAAGAUCCGCUCCGACGCGCGCCUCGACCGGACGACGUCGAAGAGGUAUUCGACCAGCGCCUCCAUCGCGUCAGAGGCCGUGACCGCCAUCCGCACAGUUUCGUCCCUUGCCAUUGAAGAGUCGGUGCUGGCAAAGUAUACGGAAGAGCUUGACCAUGCCGUGACAGGCUCCUGCAUAGAGUACUGGUUCAUGGCCCUCGGGUUCUGGUAUGGGUGCCUACUCUUAUCACGCAACGACCUUGACAUGUACAACUUUUUCGUCACCUUCCUCGCGGUCUUCUUCUCGGGCCAAUCAUCGUCUCAGCUUUUCCAGUUUUCCACCAGUAUCACAAAGGGAGUCAAUUCGGCCAACUACCUGUUUUGGCUCAACCAGCUGCAACCUACGGUCAAAGAGACGCCAGAAAACCAAGACCAGGGACCCGAGAAUGGUCACCCCAUUCAGCUAGGGGACGUCAGGUUUUCUUACCCUCUGCGGCCCGAUGCCACCGUGCUUCGCGGUGUGAAUUUGACUGGGCAGUUUGUUGGACUCGUCGGAGCCUCUGGUUGCGGCAAAUCCACCAUCAUUGCCAUGCUUGAACGAUUCUACGACCCGACGACAGGCUCCAUCUCCGUAUCGUCUAUCAACCUUCCCGAUAUCAACCCCCGACUAUACCGGAGAAUCGUGGCCCUGAUCCAGCAGGAACCGACCCUGUUCCAAGGAUCGAUCCGUGAAAAUAUUGCGCUCGGUAUGAGCGACUCGGAAACAGACGCCGAGACCGGAUCGACCAACGUGCCGGAUGCCGCCAUCGAGUCGGCGCUACGAGCAGCCAACGCAUGGGAUUUCGUAUCCUCCCUUCCCGAGGGCGUCGCGACGGCGGCGGGACCCAACGGCACGCAGCUCAGCGGCGGGCAGCGGCAGCGCAUCGCCAUCGCGCGAGCGCUCAUCCGCAACCCCAAGGUGCUGUUGCUGGACGAGGCCACGAGCGCGCUGGACUCAGAGAGCGAGAAGAUUGUGCAAAACGCGCUCGCGGAGGCGGCCAAGGACGGGGACCGCAUCACGUUUGCGGUGGCGCACCGGCUCAGCACGAUCAAGGAUGCGGAUGUGAUUUGCGUGUUUUACGGUGGCCGCAUCACGGAGAUGGGCACGCACGCGGAGUUGGUGGCGCAGGGGGUCUUUAUCGAAAGAUGUGCGAAGCGCAGGCUCUCGACUAAUGGGAAAGGCGGCACAAAAGGAGAGCACGCGAGGCGGGCUACGUUUUGGCUUGUUGGUUAG